CAAACUCACCAGAUCUGUUUCGGAUCCGAAAUUCUUCUCACAAUGGCUACUCGAACUCUUCUUCUUCUUGCUGUGGCUGCUCUGCUUCUCUUCUCCAAUUCCGUUCUCUGUAAAGAUGAUUCCCCUGCCAAAGAUCCACCCGCCAAGGCCACCGACGACGAUGAUGAAGAUCUCAGUUUUCUAGAGGAGCCGAACGAGGCUCACGGUGCCUCCGGUCAUAAUCUACCUGAUUUUGAUAAUUUCGAAGGAGGAGCUGAGGAUGAGGAUUUUGGGGACUUGUCAGACUUCGAAGACUCGGAAGGUGACGGGGAUGAGCACAAGGCGCCGGUUGUGGAUGACAAGGACGUUGUCGUCUUGAAGGAGGGUAACUUCAGUGAUUUUGUCAAGAAGAAUCGGUUUGUUAUGGUGGAGUUUUAUGCUCCGUGGUGUGGUCAUUGCCAGGCGUUGGCGCCAGAAUACGCGGCUGCGGCCACUGAAUUGAAGGGCGAGAACGUGGUUUUGGCGAAGGUUGAUGCGACGGAGGAGAACGAAUUGGCGCAGCAGUAUGAUGUUCAAGGAUUUCCUACUGUUUAUUUCUUCUCUGAUGGAGUACACAAGCCUUAUCCUGGACAGAGGACCAAGGAUGCUAUAGUAACCUGGAUCAAGAAGAAGACCGGACCUGGUAUUUACAACAUAACUUCGGUGGAAGAUGCUGAACGGAUUCUGACUUCUGAAACUAAGCUUGCUGUUGGUUACCUGAACUCCUUGGUGGGCUCUGAGAGCGAUGAGCUUGCUGCUGCUUCAAGACUGGAAGAUGAUGUCAACUUUUACCAAACGGUGAAUCCUGAAGUGGCAAAGCUUUUCCACAUUGAAGCUUCAGCGAAACGCCCUGCCUUGGUCCUGCUUAAGAAGGAGGCUGAAAAACUGAGCCGCUUUGAUGGGGAGUUUUCCAAGUCUUCAAUUGCUGAAUUUGUUUUUGCCAAUAAGCUUCCUUUGGUUACAACGUUUACUAGAGAAAGCGCACCUUUGAUUUUUGAAAGUUCAAUUAAGAAACAGUUGAUUCUAUUUGCAAUUUCAAAUGAUUCAGAGAAACUCCUCCCAAUAUUUGAAGAAUCAGCGAAGUCUUUUAAAGGAAAGCUCAUUUUCGUUUAUGUGGAGAUUGAUAAUGAAGAUGUUGGAAAGCCAGUAUCAGAGUAUUUCGGCAUUAGCGGCAAUGGUCCACAGGUUCUUGGAUACACUGGAAAUGAGGACAGCAAGAAAUUUGUGCUUGAUAAGGAUGUUACCUUGGAAAAUAUUAAGGCUUUUGGAGAAAAUUUCUUGGAAGACAAGCUAAAACCCUUUUAUAAGUCAGAUCCCAUUCCUGAGACUAAUGAUGGUGACGUGAAAAUAGUGGUUGGAAAUAACUUUGAUGAAAUUGUUUUAGAUGAAUCCAAGGACGUUCUCCUCGAGAUUUAUGCUCCUUGGUGUGGGCAUUGCCAAGCACUGGAACCAACUUACGACAAGCUUGCUAAACAUCUACGUGGCAUCGAUUCACUCGUCAUUGCUAAGAUGGACGGCACAACAAAUGAGCAUCCCCGGGCAAAGUCCGAUGGAUUCCCAACAAUUCUGUUCUUCCCUGCGGGAAAUAAGAGCUUUGAUCCUAUCACUGUCGAUACCGAUCGGACAGUCGUGGCGUUCUACAAAUUCCUAAAGAAAAAUGCAUCAAUCCCAUUUAAGUUACAGAAGCCAGUUUCUUCAAGUGCAAAGGCCGAGGAUGGUGAAGGCAAAUCCGGUGAUGAUGCCAAAGAAAGCGGAAAGAAGAGCAGCACCACUGACGUAAAGGAUGAAUUGUGAAGAGGUAUUGUAGUUUUGUAAGUUAUGCAUUAUCUUUUAUUCCCCUUUUUGUUGCCUCCCAGAUUUGUAGACGACAAUACUACAAACCAAAAAUCGAAACAAAACACCGGAUUUUCCCCCCUUACUAGAGAAGUCUUGAAAGAAACUAAUAACAUAGAUGCCUAUUUUAUUUA